GGAAGUCGAUACGUGGCCGCCGCCUGUCCUCGCCGAGGAGGCUCAGCAGGCGGAGAUGGCGGCGGUGCUGAACGCAGAGCGACUCGAGGUGUCCGUCGACGGGCUCACACUAAGCCCGGACCCGGAGGAGCGGCCCGGCGCGGAGGGCGCCCCGCUGCUGCCGCCGCCGCUGCCGCCGCCCUCGCCUCCUGGGUCCGGCCGGGGCCCGGGCGCCGCAGGGGAGCAGCCGGAGCCCGGGGAGGCGGCGGCUGGGGGCGCGGCGGAGGAGGCGCGGCGGCUGGAGCAGCGCUGGGGCUUCGGCCUGGAGGAGCUGUAUGGCCUGGCGCUGCGCUUCUUCAAAGAAAAAGAUGGCAAAGCAUUUCAUCCAACUUAUGAAGAAAAACUGAAGCUUGUGGCACUGCAUAAGCAGGUUCUUAUGGGUCCAUAUAAUCCAGACACUUGUCCUGAGGUUGGAUUCUUUGAUGUGUUGGGCAAUGACAGGAGGAGAGAAUGGGCAGCCCUGGGAAACAUGUCUAAAGAGGAUGCCAUGGUAGAGUUUGUCAAGCUCCUGAAUAGGUGUUGCCAUCUCUUUUCAACGUAUGUUGCAUCCCACAAAAUAGAGAAGGAAGAGCAAGAAAAAAAAAGGAAGGAGGAGGAAGAGCGAAGGCGGCGUGAAGAGGAAGAAAGAGAACGUCUGCAAAAGGAGGAAGAGAAACGUAGGCAAGAAGAGGAAGAAAGGCUUAGACGGGAGGAAGAAGAGAGGAGGCGAAUAGAAGAAGAGAGGCUUCGGCUGGAGCAGCAAAAGCAGCAGAUAAUGGCAGCUUUAAACUCGCAGACUGCCGUGCAGUUCCAGCAGUAUGCAGCCCAACAGUAUCCAGGGAACUACGAACAGCAGCAAAUUCUCAUCCGCCAGUUGCAGGAGCAACACUAUCAGCAAUAUAUGCAGCAGUUGUAUCAAGUCCAGCUUGCACAGCAACAGGCAGCAUUACAGAAACAACAGGAAGUAGCAGUAGCUGGGGCUUCUUUGCCUACAUCAUCAAAAAUGAAUACAACUACGCCAAGUGAUAUGAUGUCAGUGAAUGGACAGGCCAAAACCCACACUGACAACUCUGAAAAAGAGCUUGAACCAGAAGCCGCAGAGGAAGCCCUGGAGAAUGGACCAAAAGAAUCUCUUCCAGUAAUAGCAGCUCCAUCCAUGUGGACACGACCCCAGAUCAGAGACUUUAAAGAGAAGAUUCGGCAGGAUGCGGAUUCCGUGAUUACAGUGGGCCGAGGAGAAGUAGUCACUGUUCGAGUACCCACCCAUGAAGAAGGAUCAUAUCUCUUUUGGGAAUUUGCUACAGACAAUUAUGACAUUGGGUUUGGGGUGUAUUUUGAAUGGACAGACUCUCCAAACACUGCUGUCAGCGUGCAUGUCAGUGAGUCCAGUGAUGACGACGAAGAGGAAGAAGAAAACAUCAGUUCUGAAGAGAAAGCCAAAAAGAAUGCCAACAAGCCUCUACUGGACGAGAUUGUGCCUGUGUACCGACGGGACUGUCAUGAAGAGGUGUAUGCUGGCAGCCACCAAUAUCCAGGGAGAGGAGUCUACCUCCUCAAGUUUGACAACUCCUACUCUUUGUGGAGGUCAAAAUCGGUCUACUACAGAGUCUAUUAUACUAGAUAAAGAUGUUACAGAGUCUGGAGUCUAGGGUUGCGCAGAAGAUGGCAUUUAAUUUGGAAAUAUCUUUUGACUUUUGUGGAGCAUUGCAGUCUGUGUUUACCCUAUUGAUUUCGGUCUGAUGGUUUGUGACUCUUCUUAGGAAUCAGGAUUUCCUUGGAACUCUGGAGCGUUAGUACUUUGGGGUUAAAGGGACUCCUCAGACUCAUCCAGCCCUUUGGUGCUGACCAGCAGAGUCACAAGUGGAUGCUGACGUUACAUGAGCUACAUGUUAAAUUUUUAAAGUCUCCGAAAUAAAACAGCUCAACAUUGACCCCA